UGCUUCGUCUAAAAUCUGUUCCUUUGCAAACAGCUGAGCACGGUGCAGCUGCAAGGAACGAACAACUGUCCUAACCUCGACUGGCCAGCGCGAGCGGGAAUGGUUAUGUCAAUUUCGAAUGGCGCAGGUAGUACGAAAAAACGUUCUUCUCGUUACUUAUAGAAAUUAAUUCGACAGCUCCGUAACGUGUCUCACGUGAUAGGAUGAACAAACGGUUGAAGCUGGCCGGUCUCGCGGCGUCGAGAACUUUACGUUCGGGCAAAACGACCCUCGUCGACGCGGACUCCUCGGAGAAAACGUCGCCCUACUUCGCCGGCGAGAAGAGAUCGGCGAGGAAGAAACGUACGCCGAUCAAGAUCGAGCAUGAAGCUACGAAGGAUGAUGAAAUGAACGCCAAAGAACGCGAAGAUGCGGCGGUGUCGACAGACGUAGCGGACGUUAAAGUUGAAGAACGUGAGGUCGAAAAUAAGAAUGCAGAGCAAUCGACAGACCUAAAGGAUAUCAAGGAUGAAGAGCGAUGGAUGCCACUGAACUGGGAGACCGUGCUUGAAAACAUUAAAGAGAUGAGAAAGGAUGAGACAGCUCCAGUUGACACGAUGGGUUGCCACAAGUGUACGGAUCGUAACGCUAGUCCCACGAUGUUUAGAUAUCAAUCGUUAGUAGCUCUGAUGCUGAGCAGUCAGACCAAGGAUCAGGUCACGUUCGCUGCUAUGCAGCGUCUGAACACUUACGGUUGUCAGCCGGAUAUAAUUGUAGCUACCCCCGACGAUGUUCUAGGCAAACUUAUACAUCCAGUUGGAUUUUGGAAAAAAAAGGUACAGUACAUAAAAAGGACGUCAACAAUCCUUCUAGAUAAAUACGAUGGUGACAUACCAAAAACAGUAAAAGAAUUGUGCGAGCUGCCAGGGGUAGGCCCUAAAAUGGCUCACCUAUGCAUGCGAGUUGCAUGGGGAGAGGUGUCCGGCAUCGGCGUGGAUACACAUGUUCACAGGAUUUGCAACAGAUUGAAAUGGGUGAGGAAGCCAACCAAGACGCCGGAGGAAACGAGGAAUGAGUUGGAGGAUUGGCUUCCCAAACCUUUGUGGAGCGAAGUGAAUCAUCUCCUCGUGGGAUUUGGUCAAGAAACUUGUCUACCUCGAUUUCCCAAGUGUUCGGAAUGUCUCAACAAGGAUAUCUGUCCGUAUGCCUCAAAAAGCGGUGAAAAGACGAAGAAGUGAUAAACGCAUGUUUGUAUAUGUACACAAUAUUCGCAAAAUUACAAAAUUUAUUAUUAUAUUUAUUUAGAGUUUGUGCAG